AAUGGAUUCGAUUGAUGAAUGAAAAACAAAAAACCGCGGUUAAAUGCCAGCAGGAGCCGCGGUUAGCCGGAAUCUUGACUAUGAUAGGCUGAUGUGUUCGUUUCCGUUCUUGUUUGUUGAUCUAACUUUUUACGAGCAGUAGAGUCGAGCGAUGUGGCAGCGAAUGAAAACUCAAUGUUCGAAUACCAAUGUUGAUGGAGCUAGUACGCUCACUACAUGAAACCAUGAUGAUCCCAGAGGUUCACUUCCGAGAAAUUUAGCGUUGCUUGAACUCAAUGCUAGACGUAGAGUCCUUACUCGUGCGAGCGUAAACUGAGCGACCUCUAUUUAUCAUACAUUUCCCUCAGUGCCCUUUAAUCACAGAGUACCCUGCUCCUUAUCCCGCCUCAGAAUUUUUCUAGCGCUUUCCUUUUCUUCGUUGCUGCUCGCUUUCGCAGCUAUCUCUUUCGUGAUUCGUUUCCACAGGGAUGUCAUUCAUGAGUAGUUUCGAUUUUUGAACAUCAAGCACUUGCUUUGGAGUAGUAUAACGCAAAAAUUCUAAUUUCAAGAAAGUUUACGUUAUAAAUAACGAAGUACAUUCAAAUUCAAUGGCGUCGUCCUCAUCGUCCGCGCGUGGAGGUGGUGGCUCCUCAUCCUCUAGCAAAGGCAAUGGCCCUAGCAGCAAUGAGGACUUUUACUCCAUACUGGAAAUCGGCAAGGAGGCUUCCGCAGACGACAUAAAAAAAGCAUAUCGGAAACUCGCAAUCAAGUGGCACCCGGAUAAGAACCCUGAGAACCAAGGGCAAGCGACGGAGAAGUUCAAACUAGUGGCUGAAGCCUAUGAAGUGCUGUCAGACGAAACAAAGAGGAAGCAAUAUGACCAAUUAGGUAUAUCGGGAUGGCGACAAAUGCAGAGUGGAGGAGGAGGUAGGAGUGCUGGAGGUGGCUUUCCUGGUGGCGGAUUUCAUGGAGGCGAAAUCGAUCCGAAUGAAAUCUUUCGAGCAUUCUUCGGUGGCGAUUUCGAUUUUGGGGGUGGAGGCGGCAUGCGAGGAGGACCGGGAGGCAUGCGGUUUCAGAUGGGAGGGAAUGGUACUUCCUUCAUCCCAUGGAAAAAAGGACUUGAAUUUUUUCAACUAGUACUUGUCAUAAGAACUACAAGGACCCCGCGCACAGACCUGUCGCCUACAACGUACUUGUCCUUAUUUUUUGUAUUCGUCCACCAUCAGUAGAAGAUUCCCAUUUGCUUCUUCUUCACGUUACCAGGUAUGUCCUUCUCUUUUGGCGGACCUGGCAUGGGAGGUCCUGGUGCUGGGUUUGGAGGUGGAGGUGGUGGAGACCCCUUUGCCGCAUUUUUCCAGAAUAUAGCAUAUGCGCAUGGAGGUGGAGCACAACAGCGGCCAACUCAACCGGUAAAAUGCACUCUCGAAGAGCUCUAUAAGGGAUGCGAAAAGAGUGUGCCGAAAGGGAGGGGAGAGGUACUUGUCUAUCGAUUUGUUGACCUUGGAGGUAAUUAGAUGUACAACUAGAAUAGCUAUAACAGGUCUAGUACUUGACCUUGGGCUCCUCCCAAAAUUCCACCCACUCCUCCCAAAAAUGUACGACGACCUACCUACCUCCACCUCGCACCUACUACUUCAGAACGUCACCAUCGCAAUCGAGAAGAGUACGAAGAUAGGGCAAAAGUUCGUUUCCGAUGAGCAGCGCUUCAUUGUCCAGCAAGAACCCCAUGCCAGAUUUGAGCUCCGCAAUAAUAGUCAAGACCUCUACUACCUCUGCCAAGUCAGCCCUUGGGAAUGGCUCUUCGGCACUGACUUAAGCGUGAAAAUGCUGGACAACACGAGUGGCACAGUGAAAAUGCCGGCAUGGCAGCUCAGCUUUCCCCUGCGAAUACGAGGAUGGGGCAUGCCGAAAACAGCAGAUGCAGCGUCAAAGUCUUCAGCGGCUUCGGGUGGAGCAGGAUCUGCUAGAAGACGAGGAGUGCGAGAAGGCCAGCUGAUGAGCAAUGACUUUGGAGACAUGACGAUCAGGUAGUUUUUUACAUGGCUUUUUCAUGUAGAUGCACUAGUUGUACUUACACUUACACGACUUGCGCUUCCAGAACAUCAACAUGAUUUUUAGUCCUGCUCUGGUGAUUGAAAGUCCAUAUCUCCAUCUCCCCUUCCAUCAGGAUGAUCCCGUUUUCGAAGCAGACGCUAGGGGACUUGAGACAGAAAGCUCAAUGGAUCCUAUACAUCGUUUUGAUAGGCCUCUUUAUGGUCAACCCUUCGAUGUUCUUCAUGUUCUACUUCAUUUUCUAUCCUGCGCUUCAGCGCAUGCUAGCACAGAACAACCGUUGAUGAGGGUGUGGAGGACAAUCCCGAACCUCCAUAGGACGUCGCCCACCUUCCCUUCCUCCUAGAACCAAGAAUAUCCCUCCUUUUGUGCCUAAGGCCUUUUGCCGCAAUUUACAUUUAGAUUCUGGUUGUUUUACACCUGAAUUUGAAUCAUAAAUAGAAUGAACAAUCCUGGCAUGGGAUUGUUUUCAUUGCCCACCAUUUUGCCUCAUGAAACUCGAGGUCUUAAUGCUGAAUCAAUUUGUCCCUUUGUGGUGUUUUGAUUUUCAGGCUUCUUGUCGCCUAGGCGACACGCUUCCAAGUAAA